GAGCCGCGCGGGGCGCGGAACAAAGCGCGGAGGCGCGGCGGGAGCAGAUGACAGCCUGGCCCACGGGCUCCCCGCCUGCCCGGCUCUCCCCGGCGGGGGCACCCCGCGCUCAUACCUGACCAUGACCCCGCACCGGUCCCCGCUGGGCCACCCCGGCAUUUCCCGCUGAAGGGACUGGCUGCUUUCCGACCUCCACUGCUCCCUUACCUUCUCCGCCUACUCGCUGCUGAGGCUGCCGCCUCUCCCCGGAGCCCCGCCGGAGUGAUGGGCUGCAUCGGAUCCCGCACCGUGGGAAAUGAGGUGAUUGCAGUAGACUGGAAGGGACUGAAAGAUGUGGACCAAAUCAAUAUGGACAGCACGAGUUCACUGCAUGGCAGCAGCUUCCAUCGACCUUCCACCGAGCAAACACGGACAGAUUUCUCCUGGGAUGGCAUCAAUCUCUCCAUGGAAGAUACGACCUCCAUCCUCCCCAAGCUGAAACGCAACUCCAAUGCUUAUGGGAUUGGGGCUUUGGCUAAAUCAUCUUUCUCUGGCCCCUUAGGGAUAUCUCGCAGCAUGAAGGACCAUGUCACAAAACCAACAGCCAUGGGCCAAGGCCGUGUGGCUCACAUGAUUGAGUGGCAAGGCUGGGGCAAGGCCAACAGCCAGCAGCAGCAGCACACGCACGAGACAGCGCGCAAAGACGCCGACGCCUACUCAGACCUGAGUGACGGGGAGAAGGAGGCCCGGUUCCUCGCAGGAGUGAUGGAGCAAUUUGCUAUUUCUGAAGCAACUCUCAUGGCUUGGUCCUCCAUGGAUGGUGAGGAUGUGAGUGUAAACUCAAAUCAGGACAACCCAGCAAGCAACUACUCUGAGAACUAUCAGGAGCUGAUGGAGAGCCAAGAGCAUAUGGCCCAGACGCAGUAUGAUAGCUGGCCUCAUUCCUACGUCUCACAGGGCAUGUAUUGCUUAGGUUCAUCUGAUGCCUGGGAGGCCAGUGACCAGUCCCUCAUCGCUUCCCCAGCAACUGGCUCCUACUUAGGCCAGAAUUUUGAUGAGUCCCAGACAAACCUUCAGGAAAGCAUUUUGCUUCAGAGCGGCUUUCUCCAGCAGCAACAGCUGCAGCAACAGCAGCAGGAGCAGAACUUCAUCCAGAGCACGGGGCUGGUCCACGUGUGGCCCCUGCAGACUGCUCAGAGUGGAGGUGGAGCUGAGUCCAGCACAUACAUGGAGGACCACAUUGAGGAUGAAGGGAACCCACGGCUGGAGAAGGCUCCUCUCCUAAACAAGAAGCCCUCUCCAGAGGAGGAUGAUGCAGUGUGCCGGGACCUGGAAUCUCUAUCUCCUCGAGAGGAGAUGGAACAUGCUGCACUGAGCCGUAAAGUCUCAGACGUCACCUCCUCUGGGGUGCAGUCCUUUGAUGAGGAAGAGGGAGAAACAAAUAACUGAUGCUUUCUGUGAAGUUCUCAUCACUGCUGAACAAAGAGAGGGGUGGCAAGGAAUGAAAUUACAGGGAUUCUUCUCUCCAGCUCCCCAUAUUUCUGAGGAGGCACACCUUCCAUUCCUGACAUUUAAUUAUUUUUUUAAACAAGAGGAAAAUCUCAAAGUGAUUGACACAUAAAAACCUCUUCUCCCCUCCCCCAUGGACACAUAUUUUGGAUUUUCAUUGCUCUGGGCAACACGUGAGGUGCUUGUAGAGAUCUGGAUUGGUAAAUAAUUUCUAAAUCUUUUUAAUACUAAGUCUUGGCUGUGGAUACAAACUCUUCUGGCACCCGGGAUAUGGCUGAUGAGACAGGCUGGGUAUAGGGAGUGGCUACGUGGCUAGAAUUCAUCUUGGCAGAAUGGAUAGUGUUCUGUGGACGUGGUCCCCUUUGAUAGAAUAUGUGAAUAUAAACUGGUUUCAAAUGAAGAUAUGGCUUUGCAAAUAUAGAUGACACUAGUAUUGUGUGAUUGUGACUGAUACAGACAAUAAGGCUAUGUUCGAUACAGAUUGUACUGAAAUGAAAGAUUUGCUGUGUAACCAGAUCUUCAAUAGCACCUUGAUACAAAAUUGUAGGUUUGGUGGAUACAAACUGUGCUCCGUGGGCACGGGCUAUGCUGCUGUACAAGAUGGUGUCGCUCUGUGGGCCAGGCUCUGCUGUGGCAUGGAGGAGUGGAUGCAGAUGCAAAUCUAACGCUGCUCUCAGAUAUUCAUGUUUUGGUUUCUUUCAUUUAUUUGUUUCUUUCUUUGACAUCUCUACCUUCCCAGGAGCUGGCAAGAGCGGUGUGUCCUUUUGGCAUGGGGCACUGGAAGCCGGUGGAAAGGACAUUUUCAGCUACGGAGAUAGUAAUAAAAAACUGACUCUUGCAGGGGGGUUGAGGACAUGUCCAUCUUGGUGCUGCUGCUGCAGAUUUCUGUCUUCUCCCUUGCCAGCAGUAUGGGGAGACCCAGAGAGCAGGCAGCAGAUCCAGGAACAGAGUGUACAGCUAUGAGAUCAUAGAUACCGAGUUUACAUUGAAGUUUUCAGCUUUUACUUUUUUUUAAACCUUUUUAUAUUGCUGGAUAACGGUUCAUAACAAAGCAUAAUAGGAAAGGCUUGUACUCCAGUCAUGGCUUAACAGAAAUACUAUUUCUUUCCCAUUUCUGCCACUCCUUCUGCAGUGCCAAAUGUAGCUGGAGGAAAAGGGGUGAGAGGGAGUUUUCUCCUCCUAUUUUUCUUCUUCCUGCCUGUGUUUUCUUUUGUUUUCCCACUCCCAAGCAGUGUAAAUAAUACCCAGUACUUGGUCUGUUUGUUUUUCGCUCCCCUCUCUUUUUUAGGUGUGGAGAAAGCUGAUUUCAGGAGUUUUCCCUAUUUGUACGGGUUCUAUAUUUUUUGUUAAAAAAACAUGAUUUGUUGACUAGGGGAAUUUGGUCUCUUGCAAUUCCUUGCCAUCUUUCUACAGACCUCCUUUUAAGAGGAAGAGAUUUUGAAAGGAAAUUGUUUCCUUUCAAGCUCUCACCAG